AUGCCUCGCGUCAUAUCUUCUCAAUCCAAAAUGAAUAUGGGCGUUUUCUUCAGGACGCUGCAAGCACUGGCGCAGCGUCACCUGAGCGACCACGUUUAUCGAGUGCUUGUUACAAGCCCCGCUUUCCAAAGGUUUGCAGUCGUGUCUUCGCAGCGCGCCGAGGAAGUGAUGAAGAGAGUGACGCAUGCAGCACUCAAAGCCACUGAGACAGCUCGCAAGGCCGCGUCGUCACCAAAGUCGAACAGCAGCGACAAAUAA